ACCAGCCAGUGUGUUUCCUAUAGCGGGCGGAAGACGUCGCGUUUCCCGCCACUUUGCCAUAGAUAACUUUCACGAAUAACUAUCCCGUAUUUUCCCGCGUAAAGUAUUGUGCGCCCGUGAAAAUGAUUUGGACGGUGUUUGGUCUAUUGUUAUUGGCAUAUGCAAAUGGUCAAGAAAUAUGUCUCUCUGGUGAAGAAGACCCUUAUCUACUUUUCGGGACUAAGACUUCUUAUAUUUUCGCAAACAAAAUAUAUCCAACGACUAGGAUACAAGAUAUUCCUGGUUGUCAACCUAUCGCAAUCUGGCUGCUGAGUCGGCACGGCUCACAUAACCCCGAGGCCAAUGAAACUGCUGGACUGCAAUCACUCACUGAUCUCAGGAAUAACAUUCUCACCAACUAUAGAAAUGGCAACUUCAGGAAUACCGAUCAACGCAUCUGCUCUUCAGACCUGAACCUGCUAGAGCGGUGGUCGUGGUCCCCCGGAGACCCGAUGCUGGCGGGCGACCUCACCAGCGAGGGCUACAUUUCCACGCAACAGCUCGCACAAGCCUGGAAGAACAAGUACCCUGGACUUCUCACUGACAACCCACAUGAUUAUCUGUUCAAAUUUGGUGACGAUCUUCGUUCGAGCACCAGUUUCCGUGCUUUCACUGAAGGUCUGUUCAAAUCCCAGUCGGGAGGUAAUGAUGUACCAAAAGAAAACGAUGAAAAAAUAUUACGACCAUACAAAUUCUGUAAUACGUGGAUGAAUGAAGUAGGUGAUAACAACGAUACCUUGGUACAAAAAGGUACAUUUGAAUCUAAACAAGAAUAUAGAGAGAUGAUAAGCAACAUAUCGAAGCGCCUCGGCUUCAACUAUGACGUGCAUCGUGACGUCAUCAACAGCAUGUACCAGAUGUGCCGCUACGACAAAGCCUGGAAUGUCGCACAGAUCUCACCUUGGUGUGCUGUUUUCACCAAAGAGGAUCUAAAAAGGAUAGAAUAUGCAGAAGAUUUGGAAACGUACUACAAAUAUGGAUACGGUAACUCAUUGAAUGAAAAAAUGGGAUGCACAACUCUUAAAGAUAUGAUGGACUUCUUGAAGAAUCAUGUGGAACAUGACACACCACAACAACCUCGAGUUCAAAUACAAUUUACUGAAGCAGCUACAAUAAUGUUGACUGCAACCGCAAUGGGAACACGUCGCGAUACAACUCCACUCACAGGAGAUAACUACCACACUCCCGCAGUACCCACUCGCCAAUGGACCACAUCUCUCAUGUCACCCUUCAGUGCCAACAUCGCUGCUGUACUCUACAAAUGCACUCAAGAUGGUAACUUCCAAGUGAAAGGUGAGUACCAAGUAUUAUUCUUAGAGAACGAGAAACCAAUGAAAAUCGAGGGCUGUCGCGUCGGACUCUGCGAUUGGAACUUCGUUAAAAAUAAAUUCAACGAAAUGACAGAUUCGUGCGAUUUGCAAUUUUGUAAUAACGCGAGUUAUAUUAAAGGAUACGCCUCUAUUGUGUUAAUAGUCACAUUUUUUGCUACAAUCUUAAAUUCAUAAAUAAUUUAAAAAUAAACUCACCAUGAAAUACCAUUGCCUUAACAAUUUUAUUAAAAAAAAACACAUUAUAGUUGUCUCUGGUUUUUUCAAAGAGCAAGAAACCCACGGUGCACUUUGUUAUCUGUGACUAACUUUUAAUAAUGUCAGUGCUUAAA